CACCGAAGUACACUUUCCCUUCGCUGUGCUGCUGUUGUGUUUUGUCAGAAUUAAUGAGAAAAGUUCCCGUGCCCAAGGGGUAAUUAGUGUCCUUGGAGUUAAAUAAGCUAAUACUUAGACACCUCUGGCACAAACAAUUAUGUUUGUGUAUUGAAUAAUUGAUUCAAAGAGGGGGGGAAGGGCUUGCUAAUCAGAUCUGAGCAUAAUGAAUUGAUUUAAUUAACAGGGGAAUCCGCGGGUCUCCGGUAACCGCGCGCAUUUAUUCAGCGGCGGAGGAGAGCACAGCACAUAAAUUGCAAGAGAUGCUAGCGAGAGAGUAUGCUUUUAGCACUUGUCAGGUCUGACAUCGGAUUUUUGAAUACAGUCGCACUUCUGGAGCAAAUUAAAGCGGAAGAAACACUUUGUUGGGAAGAAAGCUUUCCGGUCAAAAGCAAUCUGCUUCUGAUCCGCUGAACACAGUAACGCGCCACGAGCAAAAUCGAAUGAAUUUAUUAAUAUUAUUUUUUUCAUUCUUUAUUUUCAACGCAAGAAGAUGCUGGCGGAACAACGUUGUUUUGAUAUUGUAAAUUGCCGUUUAAUUUGUGUCCUAGGAAGCUUAUUUUGAGAGCAAAGGAACAGGCACGAACUGAGCAAGGGAAGCGAAUUUCAAGACAUUUAGUAAGAAAAUAAGUCAACCUACAGUCAUUGUGCAUGGGUUCCUUUAUUGAAUAACCACACAGUUCAGCUUGCAACAGAGCGAUUUGGUUAUCAUCGCAAGGUGUUUUCGAAAGAAAGUAGUAGAGCGGGUGGUGAAAGCUGCUGGAGCCGAGAACGGAUCGCCCAGAGCCGGACUCCUCGUUCUUUGGGACGAUGGUGCUGGACAAGGAAGAAGGGGUGCCCAUGCUGUCGCUGCAGCCCAAGGGGAAGCAGAAGGGGUGCGCCGGCUGCAACCGGAAGAUCAAGGACCGCUACCUGCUGAAGGCGCUGGACAAGUACUGGCACGAGGACUGCCUCAAGUGCGCCUGCUGCGACUGCCGCCUGGGCGAGGUGGGCUCCACCCUCUACACCAAGGCCAACCUCAUCCUCUGCCGCAGGGACUACCUGAGGCUCUUUGGUACGACGGGUAACUGCGCAGCCUGCAGUAAACUGAUUCCAGCCUUUGAAAUGGUGAUGAGAGCCAGAGAUAAUGUUUACCACUUGGACUGCUUUGCCUGCCAGCUUUGUAACCAGAGGUUCUGCGUCGGGGACAAGUUUUUCCUCAAGAACAACAUGAUUCUGUGUCAGAUGGACUAUGAGGAGGGCCAGCUGAACGGCAGCUUUGACACGCAGGUCCAAUAGCGCGCGCCCCCACCGGCCCGGCGUCUCACCGCACCAAGCCAAGGGCGCCCGGCCGUCUGCCUGCAAUACUUUUUAACCCUUUACCUGCUCCCUCACGGUACUUGGACUCUUAUUUUUUGGCAGUUCCACGUUUCUAAUGUACAGUUGUGCCUGCUUAGCUGAACACUGUUGCUGUAUGUUUGUGAUGUUUUUUUUUGUUUGUUUGUUUUUUGUUUGUUUUUGUUCGUUUGUUUAGUUUUUUUUUUUUAACUUCUCCACCCCCCCCUCCCCACCCCCACCCUGGGAUUGGUUUCUUGGGGGUUCUGUACAGUCUCUUUUCUCUGUAUAUAUAAACUGGAACAUUUAUUUUAUGAAAAUGUAAUGCAAUUUUAUUACUUGUGUGAAUUAAAGAAUCUUAAAUGUUUACAGUGCCCCCCAAGCCCCCCCCCCCCCCCCCCAACAUUUGCCAACAGAAACUGGGGGGGCACAUUUGCGCUAUGGCUCCUAAACGACAAUCCAUAAAGAACUUUUAACGACCGUUCCUUUCAACUUUUUAUGUAUUUGAACCAACCAAAGCAAACUGAGUCAUGAGGAGUUGGGGAAUGGAGUAAAAAAAUCAUCUUGAAAUAUUUAAGUGAAUAAAAAUACUGUUUUAUUUGGAAUAAAAUGUAAAUACAUC